GUCGGACUGUCCUGCGUUACGUCAGACAACGUGACCAUGGCUACAGGCGUCCUCGGUUUGACAGAUGUUCCUCCGGGCUCCGCCGCUCAGUUGAAGCGGAGCGGCAGAGCAGCGGGGCGGCCGGAGGCCGAAACUUUCACCGCGAAGCAGCGAGCCAUGGCCGGGGAGAAGACUUCCGGUUCCUGCAGCCGGUUCCAGGCCAACAUUUUCAACAGAAACAAAUGUCAGAACUGCUUCAAGUCGCGCGAGCUGCAUCUGCUCAACGAGCUGGAAAUGGAGCGCGCGAAGCCCGUCUAUGCCGGCUGGCUGUGUCUGGCUCCUGAGGGGACGGACUUCGGAAACCCGGUGCAGCGCUCCAGGAAAUGGCAGCGCCGCUUCUUCAUCCUCUUCGAGCACGGCGGUCUGAGCUUCGCGCUGGACGAGCUGCCCAGCACGCUGCCGCAGGGCACCGUGGACAUGAACGCCUGCACCGACAUCUGCGACGCCGAGCCCCGGACGGGCCAGAAGAACUCGCUCUGCGUCGCCACCCCCGAGCGGGACGUGUUCAUCCGCGGCGACAGCAGAGAGAUCAUAAACGGGUGGAACGAGCAGCUCUGCGUCUUCCUGCGGACCAACAAACAGAACCUCAAGAAGAAACGCAAAGUGGAACCUGUGGCCAAUCAGGAGCCCAGUCCAGCCAAGAUGGCGGCGACGGGGGCCACCUUUCCAGGCUCGGAUGGGGACCCGACGCAGUGCGGAGCGCCGGACCCGACCCCACCCUGGACGGUUCCCAAAGCGGAGCCCCCCGGCCCUGACUGGACCCCUGCAGGCAUGUCAUCCUCCAUCCUGGACCCGCUCGGCGCCGCUCGCCGCCCAACCAGCCCGGCGGAGCAGAAGAGAAGGUGGGACAGCUCUCCCGAGCGGCCUCAGCGGUCGGGGCAGGAGGGAGGGGCAGCUGUGUGCCGGCAGGGCAGGACAGAGAGUCGCCCCGGAAAACGAGAGAAGCUGCCGUCAUGCGGAGACACGGCCCAGCUCUGCGCCCCCCCUCCCCAAAGGAGAGCCAAGUCUCUGGACCGCCGCACGUCGGACACCGUCAUGACGCCGGAUCUGUUGAACUUCAAGAAAGGCUGGAUGGUGAAGCUGGAUGAAAACGGCGAGUGGAAGAAGUUCUGGUUCGUGUUGUCCACCGACAGCCUGAGAUACUUCAGGGACUCUCUGGCUGAGGAGACCUCCGACCUGGAAGGAGAAAUCGACCUGACCAACGUCUUCAACGUGUCCGAGUACGAGGUGCAGAGGAACUACGGCUUCCAGAUCCACACCGCCAAGGCCGCCGUCACGCUGUCCGCCAUGACCGCGGGGAUUCGCAGGAACUGGAUCCAGGCGCUGCUGAGGAACGUGCAUCCGGCCAACGCCCCCGACGUGGCCAGUGUCCCCGCCCUGCAGGCUCCAUGCCCCGCCCCCGAAGUCCUCCCCAAACCCGACGUGACGCAGGACUCUGCCGCAAGGAGAGCGCCUCUGCCCGCCGCCAAGAGCGUGGCGGAAAAACGAGGAGAAGGCCGCUACAAAACCUUUGACUGGGCGGAGCUCUGGCCUCAGAGCCAGCCGGGGGGGCUGCUGGGAAACCGGGCUCCCUGCUCCCUGGAGCUGGGGGACGUGGAGAGGCAGAGGAGGCGGGAGGAGCGGAGGAAGAGGUACGAGAACACGCUGGGGGUCUCCCUGCGGCGGGACGACGGCGGGCAGAAGAGCGUCGGCGUGUCGGCAAAGUCCCAGCAGAGGAUGGAGGAGGAGAUCGAGGAGUGCUGGAGGCUGGUGGAGAGGAGCGCGCUCAGACCGGACAGAACCGUCCCGCUGGACGCCGCCGAAGCCAACGCCGCGGAGGCGGAGACGCUGCUGAGGAGCUGCAGGAAGACGGUGGAGGAUCUGAAGGUCCAGCUGGCGGAGUCGGAGCGCCGCAGACUCACGGUGGAAGCUCAGCUCUGCGUGGCUCUCCACAGCGAGCAGCAGACGGACUCCUUUCCUUUAGCGACUCAUGAAGAUGUCCGGCAGCCGGACCUCCAGGACCUGCCGGAGCCGCUGCGCCUGGAGGCGGCGCUGCCCAGCAUCUGGCUGGACGACACGGACGGACAUUUGCGAGAACUAGAAACCAGGAGCCGUGUGGAUCCAGAAGAGUCUACACUGCAGUCGCUCUCCAGAGAGGUGGAGCAGCUCAGCGCCCAGAACGGCGCUCUGAAGCAGCGCAGCCAGGAGAUGCUGAACCAGCUGACGGAGGCGGACCGCGAGAUCGCCAGGCUGAAGGCGGAGCUCAGCAGCAGGCAUCAGGUUCUAGAGGCGGAGCAGCGAGCUACGGUGAGGUUAGAGGAGCUGGAGGAGGAGCUGAGCUGCAGGAACCAGAAGCUGCUGGACCUCCAGAGGCUGGUCGGCUCGCUGCAGGAGAACCUGAGGGACGCGGGGGCGCGACUGAACGAGUCUGAGGAGGUGAGAGGAGAUCUGCAUCAGCGUUUGGAGGCUGCAGAGGUGAAGCUGACGCAGCUGGAGGAGCAGCUGGACCGCUCUCAGCUGACCUGCAGGGAGCUCCAGAACCAGAACGCUGAGCUGACAGAGGAGAAGAACCUUUACUGUGAGAGAGCUGUGGAGGUGGAGGCCCUCAGGAGGAGGCUCCAGGACGAGGAGAGUCGGGAAGAAGACAGCAGGAACAGAACAUUGUCUGAUGAAGAGAAGUUUCAGCUCGUGGUGAAGGGGAUGAAGACGAGGACCAAAGCUGUGAUGAAGAUCCUGGAGGUCACGGACGGGUUGGAGUUCAGGAGAGAUCCUGCAGGACAGGAGGAGGAGGAGGAGCAUCUUUCAGUGAAUCAGCUGAAACGUGAGGAAGAGUUCUGGAGUCUGCUGCUCAGGAGGGUGAAGGCCGCUCCUCCAGAAGAUCCGGCUGAAGUCCUGUUUGCAGAGACGAUGGAGUGCGUGAUGUUGGAGCAUCAGAUGCUGCUGGCGGCUCACGCCCUGCUUCACCACACGGAGGCGACGGAGAGCCAGUCUGCAGGAGAUCCGGACAUCAUCUGGAUGAAGGAAAGCCUUCCCGGAUCCACAGAAGAAAACAGCAACCAGGAGCGUCUGACAGCCAAGAUGUCUCUGCUGGAGCAGAUGUCCUCCUCCUGCUCCUCUGAUCUCCUUCAGCUGCAGCCGGCUGCUGGAAAGCUGCUCCACCUUCACUUUUCCGAGCGUCCUCCGUUCCUUUCCUGGGUCGACUCUGCAGCUGCUGAAGCUCUUAUGCGCCUCCACCUGCAGUCCAGACGGCAGGUAGGAGUCUGCGCCUCCUGCUCCCGCCUCGCUGAGGAGAACAGGGAGCUCCGAGCCCGAAUGUCCACGCUCCUCACAGAGGAGCAGCACAGCGGCGCUGAACGCAGGCGUUCGGUAACGCCCGACACCUCAGAGGAAAACCUGGAGAUCCUGCAGACUUCAGAGCUGAGAGGAAAAGUCACAGAGCUGGAGGAGCAGCUGGAGGUCCUCACAAAGGAGAAGGAGGAGUUUGAUGAGAGGAGGAAAGCUGUACAGGAGCAGCACCAGAGCGAGGUGGACAAGAUGAAGGUGACAUGUGAGCGCGGCCUCGCCCUCAUGGAGGAGUGCCACCUGAAAGUGUUGGAGGAGCUGCAGUGUCUGCACCAACUGGAGCUGGAGCGCCUCCUGGAGGAGGGAGACAGACUGCUGAAGGAGGAGAGCGUCGCCACGGCAACCGCGAUCAAAGCCAUCGAGAAGGCUCACGGCGAGGAGCUGCAGAAGGUCCAGCAGAGGUCGGAGCGCAGAGACUCACCGCUGGAGGACGUGUACAGGCAGCACAGGGAGGAGCUGGUCUCCUGCCAGCGGGAGCUGGACGUUCUGUCCCAGCAGUUCUCCAUGAAAUGUCUGGAAAACCGGCAUUUAAUCCAGGCGCUGGACGCCGAGAGGAAGGCCUUGAGCCAGUGCCAGCAGGAGAACCAGGACCUACGGAGCAGAAACCAGGAGCUGAGUGGACAUCUGACUGCAGAGAUCAGCAGACUGUGUUCGGAGUCGCUGCCGCUCAGCCGGGAGGUGGGCGUGUACGAGAUGGAGGUCACCCUGAGAGUGAAAGACUCAGAAGUUCAUUAUCUGAAGCGGGAGAUUACGUCUCUGAGGGACAAGCUGCUUUCAGCUCUGAAGGAGCAGAGGAGCACAAACAAGAAGGACAAGGACGUGUGUGGAGAGCCCAGUGAGGACCCGAGUCUGGAACAGAGCUGAACGACCAUCAGUGCUGAAGAACCUCAGGGGGAGAUGAACAUCUUUCUCUGUGGUUUAUGACUUUUACUAAAAAAACAUUUUAUUGUGUUGUAAUUGACCUCUAACGCAGCUGUUUUUCUGUCACUGUAUGUAUAAAUAAUUUGUUUUUUAAGCAAAUGGGUAUUUAAAGUUCAACUGUCUCUCAAGAUUCUACAUAUUUAUUUAUUUUGAUAGUUUUAUUAAUAAAAUGACUUUUUAUCCAUAUGAAA